CUUCGUAUUCACACAGGACAAAAUGGAUUCGGAAUUAGCACCUCAAACAACGCCCGAGAAAAAGGUGAAGAAAAAGAGAAUUGCUAUCAUGGAACCUCACGAAGAGCUGGGAAUGGAUAAGCGAAGGGAAACCAAAGUCUAUCGCAAGUCAGUUUUCCCUGGUGUUCACGAAAGCUUUGAUCUCGCUAUGAGUAGUUCUCGCCGACAAUCAUCCACGGGUAUGAUAUUCAAUCGCCUAAUGAGUUCUGGUUUCCCGUCUAUGGCAUCUAGACGAUGGACCAGUCGCCGCAGUACAAUGUACAUGUCUCCGCGUUUUCAAAACAACUAUCGUUUGGAAUCGCGCCAUCCGUUCAAUCGUGAGCGAGUGCAGUUUAUAAUCGAUCGUUAUCUCAAUUCAUUCUUGGAGGAUCAUAAGUACAACCCACGACGUGCCAAGCGAUUGGCGGAAAAUCUCAGCGUCGAACUCCGAGAUAUGGUCAAACGAUGCAGCUUUGAGCGGUAUCGAGUGGUUGCCAUGGUGACCGUGGGAGAUAAGAAUUCCCAGGACUUCAAAUCGUCCAUGCGUUUCGUGUGGGAUGCCGAAAAGGAUGGAUACGUGAACUUUGUAUACGAAGCACCGACGUAUUUUGUAAUCGCGACCGUACUAGCAGUGUAUUACGAGUAGAUGUUGUAGUGGAUCGAACAAUAAAAUUGAUAGUCAUAUUUUCUUAGAGACGCUUCGGACAAAACAAUGUACCAUAUAGUUGGCAGUCAGUAUUUUAUUAGUUAAGCACUAAAGUCAUUAAGGCUAAACAAAAAAGCUACUUGAUAAAUUAAAAGGAUCCUAGCAUUCACUUUAACUUAAAAAUAAAAAUCACU